GGAGUGCAGCUCAGGGUGUGAUAUUGUUCAAUCCAAUAUCAUCCCCACCCCAUUAGUCAUGAUUUGUUUUAUGACUUGUCAGCAUUCAUCAUCAUGAAGAUGCUUUUCAAUUUAAUUUAAUUUGCUCUUUAAUUUAAUGUUUUCUGUUGGAACUAAUGUUUAUUUGGUGAAAAGGGAGAAAUAUGGGUAGAAAGGGAAAGUGGCACGUCACACCAGUUGAUGAAGGAGAGCCAGAACUUGAGGACAAGACAGCCAGAGUGAGGAAGAAGAAGACAAAGGGAAAGAAGGGCCGGAGACAACAAGAACCACAGUUUCCUGCUCACCUUCUUGGGAGAGAUGAAAAGGGGGAGAAAAGCAAAGUGAGUCGGAGAGCCAAAAAAAGAGCUGCUAAGCGUGCAGCAAAGAUGGCUGUGUCUGCCAUGGCAAAGGAAGUCAAGGCUGCCAAGCGCUCACUUCCUCUUGAUUCUGAUGGAGAAUCAGCAGAAGAAGAGCCAAAGAGGAAGAACAGGAAACAGAAAGCCAUUUUGGAUGCAAAGGAUGGCAUGGUGGGAUUCACUGAUGAGAACCAAAUAUGGUUAAAACCCAAAGGGCAACCAGUACAUGAUUCAAGUGACAGUGGACAUGAGAGUGAUGCACCACAAGGAGAAGAUGGAGAGGAAGAGGAGAUGCUUCCUAUUGAGAGAGCUGCACAGAAGCAGGAUAAGAAACUGGCUGAGAAAAUGCGGUUAGCAGAAGAAGAGUUGCGAAUGAAUCAAGUUCAAGAAGAGGAAGAUGAGAAGUUUUCUCUUCCAGAUGCUGGAGAUGAAGAGGAACUUCGAAGUGAUCUCUCAAGUCUUCAGGCACGCAUCCAGCAGAUACUCCAUGUCCUAGCUGACUUCAAAACCAGGAGACAGUCUGACAGAUCAAGAGUGGAGUAUCUUGAGGUGCUGAAGAAAGACUUGAUGGCCUAUUAUGGAUACAAUGAAUUCCUCAUGUCUCGCCUUAUGGAUCUCUUUCCCUUGUCUGAACUGGUUGAAUUCCUUGAAGCCAAUGAGGUCAGGAGACCUCUGACCAUCCGUACAAACACGUUGAAAACCAGGAGACGUGACCUGGCUCAGGUAUGAAUAAGGAUGCUAUCAUCUUUAAUGUACAGGG